AACUGCAAGUUCUAGUCUAAUUGUUGAUUGACUUCCUUAGGCGAUUAUAGAACUUUUGCAAAGUCUCGACUGAGGAUUAUAUCUCCACAAUUGGUCGACAUCUCCUCCGUCUCAACAGGUUCACGAACGGCGACCAUUCGCUACCUACGUCAUGCUCUCGCAAAGAGCUCAGGAUCAAGUUCCCAGUAGCGCAUCCAAUGAGAUGUGGGACGUGAUGAAAGAUCCAUGGAACAGGCACGACUCACGGGGCUAUGUGAACCUAGGCGUGGCUGAAAACCACCUGAUGCAAGCUGAGCUCAAGGAGUUUCUUGCGAACCACAUCAAUCUAUAUAGCAGCGUUCUAACGUAUCAAGACGGCCCACUGGGUAGCCAACGACUGCGACAGGCAUUGGCCAGGUUCCUGACUCGACAACUGAAAGCACAUCGGCCCGUGGAAGCUUCCCAGAUCAUAGUUACCAACGGCGUUUCCAGCGCGCUCGAGCACACGGUAUGGGCUUUAGCCAAUCCGGGCGACGCUUUCCUCCUAGGAAGGCCAUACUACGGAGAGGUGACGCUGAGCCUACGACCACGUGUGCGGACGGUGCCCGUCACGUUUGGCGAGUUGGACCCGCUAAGCCUGCCAGCCGUUGGGUGCUAUGAGGAGGCCCUCAUGUGUGCACGAGAGCAAGGCAUCGUCGUGAAGGGCCUGCUCCUAUGCUCACCUCACAACCCGCUAGGCCGCUGCUACCCACGCGAUGUUCUCCAGGCCUUGCUCUUGCUUUGUGAGAGAUUCCAGAUCCAUCUGGUGAGCGACGAGGUCUACGCCUUGUCUGUUUUUAGUGAGCCAGGCUUCGUUUCGGUGCUCUCCCUGGACCUCGACGGUAUCAUCAAUCCCGCCUUGGUGCAUGUGCUGUGGGGAGUUUCCAAGGACUUUGGUGCCAACGGAUGGCGUAUAGGAUGCCUCGUCUCGGGCAAUUAUGGGCUGCAGGCGGCUCUGGGUUCGGUUGCUAUCUACUCGUACCCGUCUUCUAUUACAGAUCACGUCGUGGCGCAGAUGCUGGAAGAUGACAGGUUUACGACAGGCUACUUGGAAGAGAACCGACGACGGCUGGCAAGCGCGUACACAUUCACCACCGACUUCCUGCGGCGGCACGCCAUCCCUUUCACAGCGGGCACGCACGCGGCCCUGUUCGUUUGGGCGGACCUGGGCAAGGCGUAUCGUCGCCGCCACCCGGAACUCGCCGGCAGACGAGCAGUGGUGGAGGAGGUCAAGGAAGCGUUGCGGAAACAGAAGGUUUACGUGGCAUGGGGAGGAAACUUUGACAGCGAGUCACUGGAUAUGUUUCGCAUUGGAUUCGCGCACCCGCGCGACUACAUGGAGGAGGGCCUGAGGCGCAUCAGCUGGGCACUAGGAAGCGGGGUUCCGGGCCAGCUUGGCCGCGGAAACCAGGGGUCAGGCGCUGGCAGCCGCUUAACACCGACACCCAUUCUUCCAGCAAGCAAGUACAGCAGUGCAGGAAUCCGAGUCGUGCUUGUGGCCCGCACCAAGGACGUCUUGGUGAUUUCGUUGCUAACCGAUAAGACGGAAGGAAUAGAACAGCUAGGAAAGAAAAAGAACAUAUUUAAAGUUGCCAGCGCGUGGAAAAGAGUGUGA